AUGAUGAAAAUCUCCUUAUCGUAUUAUUCCAAGAGUGAGCUAUUUGUUGGUGUACAAGUAAAUCUAUCAAAGGAAAUAAAAUCACAAAAUCCCUAAAUAUCUCCACGUAUGAUAGUAUUAUGUAUAUUAUGUUAAGAAACGUCUAUAUACAUUAUAUAAAUAUAUUUAGAACAUUAAAUAAAGGGAUUAUAGCGAGUUGUAUAAAUUGACAAAGAAGGAAGGAGAUAUCAUCUCAUUUCUGCACUUUUCUCCAUGUUUUCCUUCUCACAAUCGCACUGACUCUUCUUCAUCAACUUUACCAGGUAAAAGAUUGGGAAGCAAACGCCCAUCUGUAUGGAUUGUCAGUGUCAUUUUCCAGAAGAUCUGGUGGUUGAUAUUCUAUCGAGGUUGCCAGUGGAAUCACUCUUGCGUUUCAAAUGUGUGUGCAAGCACUGGUAUGGUUUCAUCAAAAGUGCGAGUUUUAAAGAGAAACAUUUUCAUCAGAAGAACAAUGGUGCCCGUCUCCUUGUCUGCGACUUUAAAAUAACAAAGAUCGCACCCAUCUUCGUAAAGUCUGUGGUGUUCUCCUUGCUCCCAAAAAAAAUAGUUCCGGAUGUGACCCCUGAACAAAAAGUUCUCCUUCACCUUCCGAAUAUAUCUGAUUUCAAGUGUGUUGCUGGCCCAGUUUAUGGCUUAUUCUUAGUGCAGGAACAAAUUUAUAAUGAAGGUGUCCGCUUGGGAUUAUGGAAUCCUGCCACCAGAGAGUUUCGGCCUCUGCCUUCUGCGCCUUUUGAGAUUGAGCACUUUUUCUCAGAUCAUUAUCAUCAAUUCGGGUUGGGGUUUGACCUGUUGACUCAAUAUUAUAAGGUUGUAUGGAUUCGAGAUUAUGAGGGACACGGCGUUUACCCUCACGUCUCUGUCUGUGUCUAUUCUUCAUGCAACAACUCAUGGAAGAACCUAGAAUUCCCUCCCAGUUAUACCUCAGGUUUGCCCUUUGACACCACUUAUCUCAAUGGGGUUUAUUAUUGGCGUUCAUUGCGUGUAAAUGAGAUGUACAGGAUUCACUCAUUUGACAUGGGCAGCGAACAGUUUGGGGAGAUGCAACUCCCAGUUAUUCCAAAUGAAUACUGGAAGAAGCUUACAUUGCGUGGCGACUCGCUUGCAAUGUUGGCUGGUUAUAGGUCUAUGACAUUCAUAUAUGAAAUGAAACAAGAGGGAAGUUGGUCCAAAGUUGUUACUGUUCAACCUAGUAUAGAUCCUCAUUGGCCUCGCGACAUCUGGGAGAAUGAUAAGAUUGUUUUCGAAAUUAGAGAAACUAAGCAGCUGGUGCUAUAUGACCUUACAACAAGUGAGGUUACAGAUCUUGGAAUUCAAAUGGACCGAACAAAUUGUGUUUUCAAUUACAAGGAGAGCCUAGCUCUAAUAAAGAACGGAGAUGAAACUCAGGACCAGGAUAAUGUUGUCGAGCAAAUUGAACACUUCUUCAGUGUCAGAUCAACUGAUGAUAAGUCUUUGUUUACUAUUAGGGGUCCGCCUUACGCAGGAUGAACUUAAAUAGUUGGGUGUUCUUGGUUUGGACACAGAUUUUUCUAGUAAUAAAUAAGAUUGUUGUGACAUUAGCUGUUAUGCUACCUCAUUGUAACAUUGUGUUUGAAUUUAAAAUUGUUUGUUAUUAUGUUGACGAAAAAACACUUGUGGUAUUUUUCUACACGUGAUUAGUGCAAGAUUUGUUUUCCAUUA